GACCGCGGAUCAGGAGGCCAAGGCGGUCACCACCUCCUCCGGUCCUCCCCCCGCCCAUGGCGGACAAAUCCCUCGCGCCCUCCUACUCCGCCUCGUCGGCAAAACCCUAAACCCUAGCCCGCCUCCAUUUCGUGACCCUAAUCGGACCCUCCGCUCCCGCCGCCAUGCGGCGCAGCCGCGAUGUCCGCUUCGUCUCCUCCGACGUCAAGCUCCCGUCCGCCUCCGCCUCCGCCUCGGCACCGGCACGGGCCCCGGCGCCCGCGCUCCUCUCCGCGGCGCUCCCGUUCGCGCACAUCGGCCGCGCCAUCGACGCCGCCGCGCACCGCCUGGGCGCCUGCCUGCCCCGGGUCCCAGUCGCGCGGGCCGACACGGCGCCACCCCCGCCGGUGCGGCGGCACGGGAAGGACGCGGGAGGGGGCGGCGAGGAACGGGUGCUGAUCAGCGAGGUCGCGGUGCGGGGCAAGGACGGGGAGCCCCUGGAGCGGCCCGAGCUGGAGGCCGCCGCCGCCGCGGCGCUGCGCGCGUGCCGCCCCAACGUUGCGCUCACCGUGCGGGAGGUGCAGGAGGACGUGCACCGCGUCGUGGAGAGCGGCCUGUUCCGGUCGUGCAUGCCCGUCGCCGUCGACACCCGCGACGGCAUCCGCCUCGUCUUCGAGGUGGAGCCCAACCAGGAUUUCCAUGGGCUGGUCUGCGAGGGCGCCAACAUGCUGCCUUCCAAGUUCCUGGAAGAUGCAUUUCGUGAUCGCCAUGGAAAAAUCAUAAACAUUAGACAUCUGGAUCAAGUGAUAAAGUCUGUUAAUGGAUGGUAUCAGGAGCGGGGUCUAACUGGACUGGUUUCAUACGCUGAGAUACUUUCCGGAGGAAUUUUGAGGCUGCAAGUUUCAGAAGCUGAGGUUAAUAACAUUAAUAUCCGCUUUCUAGAUAGGAAAACUGGUGAACCAACUGUUGGAAAGACACAGCCAGAGACCAUCCUUCGACAACUUACCACCAAGAAAGGGCAGGCUUACAAUAGGGCACAAGUCAAAAGGGAUGUUGAAACGAUACUUACCAUGGGAAUCAUGGAGGAUGUUACAAUAAUUCCACAGCCAGUUGGAGAUUCAAAUAAAGUUGACCUUGUCAUGAAUCUUGUUGAACGCCCUUCGGGUGGUUUCUCUGCUGGUGGUGGCAUUUCAAGUGGGAUAACCAAUGGACCCCUUUCUGGACUUAUUGGCAGCUUUGCAUAUUCACACCGGAAUGUUUUUGGGAGGAACAAGAAAUUGAACCUCUCACUGGAGAGGGGUCAAAUAGAUUCAAUUUUUAGAUUGAACUUCACUGACCCAUGGAUUGAUGGCGACAACAAGAGAACCUCUAGAACUGUUAUGGUUCAGAACUCAAGGACUCCUGGAACACUUGUCCACGGUGGCGAUCAUCCUGACCAUGGGCCUAUAACAAUUGGACGUGUUACUGCCGGAGUGGAGUACAGCAGGCCAUUUAGGCCAAAAUGGAGUGGGACGCUUGGCUUAAUUUUUCAGCAUGCUGGUGCUCGUGAUGACAAAAGCAAUCCUGUCAUCAGGGAUUUCUAUAACAGCCAAUUAACUGCCAGGUCUCCAUUCUCAGUGUCUUAUUUUCUUGGUUUUCACAUGUUCAGGCACACAAUCAAUAUAGUUGUUUUCUUCCCUAUAUUUAUUACAUUGCAUUGCAGUGGAAAUGCUUCUGAUGAUACGCUGCUUGCUAAGUUUGAAAGCAUCUACACUGAUUCCGGGGACCAUAGCUCUACAAUGUUUGUUUUCAACGUUGAGCAAGGUCUCCCUGUUCUUCCUGAGUGGCUAAGCUUCAACAGAGUGACAGCACGUUUGAGGCAGGGCUAUGAAAUUGGCCCUGCUCGGCUUCUUUUGAGUGCUUCUGGAGGUCACGUGGAGGGAAACUUUCCACCUCAUGAAGCAUUUGCAAUUGGUGGCACAAAUAGUGUAAGAGGAUACGAAGAGGGUGCUGUUGGUUCUGGGCGUUCUUACGCUGUAGGAAGUGGAGAAGUGUCAUGCCGCAUGUUUGGGCCACUGGAAGGUGUUAUCUUCGGCGACUAUGGUAGUGAUCUCGGUUCUGGUCCUAAAGUUCCUGGUGACCCAGCAGGAGCUCGUGGAAAACCAGGUAGUGGGUACGGCUACGGUGUUGGCGUUCGUGUGGACUCCCCAUUGGGACCUCUGCGACUUGAAUACGCCUUCAACGAUAAACAAGCCAGGAGAUUUCACUUUGCUGUUGGCUACAGAAAUUAACAUGUAUAUUCGUCACGUUCAUCUGCUUCCUUAUCAUUUUUGGCUGGUAGGCGAGGUGGUACAUACCUUACCAUUUUUUUGGCGACGUUGACGCAAAAGGAGAGCCUUGUUUAGAUCAGGUUUCGUUUUUUUGUAACAUAUAGUUCAUUUCUCCUGUUGUAAGCAUUCUCGUGCUAGAGAACUUCAAGUUGACCCAGGCCCAUCUCGCAGAUUCAUCCUGUCUCUGGUAUCUGAAUUCUGAAAGGCCCGGAGGUGAAACAGAAGUUGCGAAGAACGAGGGAUGAUAUGCAGUUAUAGCGUUGCACGUUCCUUGCGUAUUUAUGCACUGUGUAGUUGAUUUAUUUGUUUUAUCACAUGGAUGACAUGAUAUAUCCGGUCAAUACAAAAAGGUUUCUUGGUGGCA